AUGGAGCUGAUAUGUCUGGAAGCGGCAGUCAUACUGGGGGUUGUUAUUCCUCAUAUAUUCAGCAUCAGCAUGCCCCCUCCACCUUCUGGCUGUUUGGCGUCUGUGGAUCCCUGCAUGUCAAAUUUAUGCAAGAGUGAACAGGCAUUUUAUGGCGGCAUCUGUGAGGAUGAAGGGUGCAAAAUAAAAGGCUCAGAGGUCUGUAACAUGACCAUCCAGACCAUACUGGACCAAUUUCCCUCUCUGCAAGGGUGUGUGUGUGCCUGGGAGGAGGAGUUCUGUGACUCCAUACAAGCACUGGCCACACAAUGCCACCGAACACCAGCACAGCAGAAGAAGAGCACAGUGAUGGACUGGCAGUCAAGCGGUUUGAUAGGCUAUGUGUACGAUGGUGCUGGAUCCUGCUUUGACCAAAUGGAAGUUUGUCUCCGUGAUGCAGUUUGCAACAGGUACCUAGCACCUGUUGCUCAAGCAUGUAUGACAGACCAGUGCGACCUUGACCGAUGUCAGCAAGUAACUCAGCAGUUCUACGGCAGCAUGCCCCACAAUGUUGCAGAGAUGCUGCUCAUGUGUGAGUGUGAGGCUUCGGAUCAGAACUGUCUGCAUAUGAAAACGGCUCUGCACAGUGGCACAUGUGGAGACCAGACCUGGAUCUGCCAGGAUACAGUUGACCAAUGUGUUGAGGACAGUAACUGCAGAGACCUGUUAAAAACUUUCCGAACCAAAUGCUGGAGCUCUGAAGAAGCACAAUGCAGCGACAGUGACCUCUAUAAUGAGGAUUGUUUCACCCAGAUGGAUCCAGCCCUGAUCCUUGGUGCACAUUCUGAAUGUAAAAUGGCCUUCUUGUCCACUUUAGGCACCGCCCUUCACUAUCCUUGUACAUGCAAAGGAGUACACAAUAAUGAUCUACUGACGUGCAACAUGAUUCAUGAUGUCUUUCAUAACAGAUCACACUUCAGUGAGUAG